AUGCUACCGCCGAUCGCUGCUACCUGGUCUCCACUGGGUUUUCCUGCCCCGACGAAGGAAAGGAAAGAAGAGCGCAUCAGAGAUGCUGAUUGUCGCCACCCACGUCGAUGGCUGCAACUCCUUCCUUCCUUGUUCUUUCUGACAAUCAACAACAGCCAAACACCCAUAAAACCAUCGACCACCGCACCUGCCAUCGCUUUCUUCUUUCUUCCCCAACCAAGCCAAGCAUUGGUGGUGCCAUACGUGGGAUCGGCGAUUGCUACUGAGUUCGGUUAUACACGAUCGAUCAAAGACCCCACCCGAUUGUCGCCUUCGAUUUCCCUCGUGUUCCUCUCUCGUUCGGCCGUAUUCGUUCUAUUGCCCGACUGCCUCUGUUUUCCUUCGUGGCUUCAAUUGGGAUGGAUUGUAUUCCUUUACCCGAUCAAACCAAAGAAACGGGGAAAUACAAAUAUACUCGAUGAUUUGUCUUACGAACGAGGAAUGUCAAGUAAUAAAUCUCACGACAAGUUUCCCAAAGGAAUCCGAAUAUCGUACGAAUCGAACUCACGCUUCAAGGGAAAACACUAAACAAGCAUUCAAGACAGAUUGGAUUACAGGUGACCUAGUUUACUUACUGUUGUAUUAAAUGCCUAUUUGUUGAGGCAAUUCAUGUAUUAUUAUUAUUAUUUGUAAAAACCUUGUAUUCAAAUAUCAAGAUGGAACAACAAUGCUAUUUUGUUUAUUGUUGUACUUGUGCUAUAUAUUCAAUUUGCCUG